AUGGGUAAUCGUGAAUCAUCGACAAAGGAAGAGGAUGGGAAGACGAAAACAAACGAUCAGCCACGUUUGUAUCAAUAUGUUGAUAUUCAUGGCGGCGGUGAUUUGAUACCUUUGAUGUGGCAAGCUAAAAAUAGUAAUGAUUUUUCAGAAAUUAAUGAAUUAAUCUAUUCGAAGAUUAAAAAUUUUAUGUAUAAUUCGGGUAAAGGAAAAAUGGUGGCAGUUUCUGAAUUGGUGAAAAUCCGCAAUAAGGAGCGCAAUGCAAUGUUAAGUGCAUUGAAACGUAAGAAGGGAAAAGGCAAAAGUGGCCCAAAUAUUUUGGAUGAUUUCAAUCAGGAAGGAGAAAAUCAAGGCGAUUUAAAAAAAGCAUUGAAACUUUUGGAAGGUGGCGGACGACGUGGUGACAUGGAUUCGAAGUAUCGUGAAGUAGUAUGGAAAUUAGACGAACGUGGUAAUAUGGGUGAGAAUCUCGUUGGUCUAUGCUUAUUGCAAGGAACUGCAAUACAUAAUCAUUUGGCUCGUCAUUUAAUCAAAUUGUAUCCAAAACUUGUCAACGAUAUUUUCAUCAGUGUAAAUUACUAUGGAUUAUCACCGUUACAUCAAGCCAUAAUGAACGAGGAUCCGUCAAUGGUUAGUUUUCUACUACAACAAGGCGCAAAUAUCAAUCAACGUUGUUAUGGUGCAUCAUUUUAUCCCGAUGAUCAAAAAAGCAGUCAGACUGAUUCGUUGGAGCAUGAAUAUGUGGAACUUGGUCUGAAAACAUGCUAUUCUGGACGAAUGUAUUUUGGCGAAUAUCCGUUAUCAUUUGCGGCUUGCAUUAAUCAAAUGGAUUGUUUUCGGUUAUUGGUAGCAAAGAAAGCUGACUUAAAUCAAAAGGAUACGAAUGGCAAUACAGUCCUACACCUUGCUGUAAUCCAUGAACAUCCAGAAAUGAUUAAACUAUCAUACGAUAUGGGUGCUAAGUUACAAAUAGUUAACAAACAGAAUUUAACUCCGCUCACUUUAGCUGCUCAUUUGGGAAAAAAAGAGAUGUUCGAAUUAAUCCUAAAAUUAGAAGCCGAUGUUGUUUGGAUAUACGGUAACGUGAGCAGUUUUGCAUAUCCAUUAGCUCGUAUUGAUACGAUAAGUCAAGAAACUGGAGAAAUGAAUGAAGAUAGCGCGUUAUCACUUAUUGUUUAUGGUGAAACAACGAAACAUUUAGAACUUCUCGAUGGAUUGUUGGAAGAAUUAUUAGAAGCUAAAUGGAAAGCAUUUGGACGACGAUAUUUGACAUUAUCAUUUUCGUGUUUUGUGGUUUACUUCAUAUUUGUUUUCAUGGCUUUUAUGUGUCGACCAUUUUCGAUGACAACAAAGGUGAUAACACAUGGUGAAAUUCACACUGCCAAUACAUCCAUUCCAUGCAACAGUACUUCACCUGAUAAUCCAUGUUUUAAUUCAACUUAUACUAUGUUCGAUUAUACCAUUCUCAAAGCUAAAAUGCUGCAACCAUUUUCAUCCCACGCUGCAAACGAGAAAAUUUCUUGGACAUUAAAAAAUUUCGAAGAAGCUUGGUAUAAUUCUGAUCUCUGCCAUAUGUGGCGAUAUACUGGUGCAGGAUGGCAGCAACAUGUUCGAUUAGUUGCUGAACAAAUGGUACUAUUAAUGGCAUUACUUCAAAUCGUUUUUGAUGCGAUGGAUAUAAAAAAUGUUGGUCGAAAACGAUGGUGGCGUGUUAUGAAAUCAUUUCCGGCUAAAAUUGCUUACAAAAUUUCAUUCAUUUUUAUUUUGCUAAUUGUACCGAUACGAUUAGCAUGUGUAUUGUGCCCAACAAUGCUUCUAUUCGACAAUAUUCUAUCAUUAAUGAUCGUCCUAUUAACUGGCGCACAUUUUUUAUUUUACACACGAGCUUUGAAAUUUAUUGGGCCAUUUGUUUUAAUGAUUUAUACAAUACUUUCACGUGAUAUAAGCCGUUUUAUGCUUAUUUAUUCGAUAUUUCUCAUCGGAUUCUCUCAAUCAUUUUAUGUAAUUUUUGGAGCUUGCGAACGAGCAAGCAAAGCGAAGUCUACUCGUUGGGAGAAUAUUUUACGUACUCCGUUUGAAGCUAUCUUGCGAUUAUUCAUUAUGACAAUUGGCGAAUUUACCAUUUUCUAUCGAUCGCUGAAUACAUGCGAGGAAAGAAUGAUGCAAAUAAUUGGUAAGUUUUUAUUUAUCAUAUUUGAAUUAUUUAUUAGUAUCAUGCAGUUUAAUUUAUUAAUUGCUAUGAUGACACGAACUUAUGAAACUAUUUCGAGAACAUCUACCGAAUGGAAAAGACAAUGGGCUCAAGUAAUUUUAUUUUUGGAGCUAUCAUUGAAACCAAAAGAGCGUCUUAUUGCAAUGCUGAAGUAUUCUCGUCCAAUUGGUACGGAUAAAACAAAGCGUUCAUUUGUUGUUGCUCGAAAGACAACAAGUGAAUCGAUGUCACAAACUGAAAAGCAAUUAUUGGAACAACAGGAACGUGAUUUACGUGAAGAAAAACGAGCAUUAUUGAAAAGACGUUUGAAGGAUUUUGUACAUACACCGGAUGGUCGUAGACCGAUGACAUCAUAUUUGUCAACGCCAUUAAGAAAUAUCACUGAGGCGAAAAAUGAUUGA